AUGGAUUCUAACUCGGAUAAACCUUCUUCCUCUUCUCAAUUGCCAAGUAAUAAAUUAAAGGAUAACGACGCAUCAGAUGAUGAUAAGUGUCCAGAAUGUCAUAAUAAGUUCACAUUCGUAAACAUAUAUGGUAAAUGGUGUCAACCUUGUAGUUCACUUCAUUUUAAGGAUGAGUUUUGCAAUUGGACAAGUGGAAAUGAAGAGAUUGACAAAUUUUUACGUGAAGUUCAAUUAAAUGCUGGUCGUUCCCGAGAAGUUUUACAAUGGGUACCUUAUAAUCGAUUGGAAGAUGUAAAAGAAAUUGCUAAAGGAGGAUUCGGAAUCGUAUAUUCAGCCAAGUGGCCAGAUGGACCUAUUCGGUAUUGGAAUGUACAAGAAAAACGAUGGGAAAGGAGGUCCGAUAAGCACGUUGCGCUCAAAACUUUAGAUAGCUCAAUGACUCAAUUUCUAAACGAGGUUAAAUAUCAUUUAAAAAUGAAUAGCGAAAUCAAUCAUACUAUUCCAAUAUAUGGUAUAACACAGAAUCCUAAUACUCAAGAUUACUGGAUUGUUAUGUCUUACGCGGAAAAGGGAAACCUACGAAAUUUUUUACGUGAUAAUUUUUAUAAUAUUACAUGGGAACAAAAAGUGGAAGAUUUAUGGAGAAUUUCUGUAGCUUUGGCAGACUUGCAUCAUGUUAAUUUGGUUCAUCAUGAUCUUCAUCCGGGAAAUAUUUUAUUGACUUAUGAUCAUUUUCACUUAUCCGAUUUUGGUCUCUCUAAAUUGAUUGAACGAAAUCAAAUAAUUAAUCCCAAUGGAAAUAUUUGUGGAGUAUUACCAUACAUCGCACCUGAAGUUCUUAUUGGAGAAGAAUAUACAGCUACUGCGGAUGUAUAUUCAUUCGGAAUCAUUGCAUACGAAGUAUUUACUGGGAAUUUAGCUUAUCACGAUAUUUCACAUAAUUACGAUCUUGCGUUACAAAUUUGUAAUGGUUUACGACCAAAAAUCCCGUUUCAUACUCCUAGACUUAUUACAAGGAUGAUUAUGCAAUGCUGGGAUGCUCGACCAAGCUAUAGACCAUUAUAUGAUGACUUAAGAAAAUUAUUAAAACAAUGGCAUAAUGAUUUAGUUGAGGAUAAAAUUGAAUCUGAAAUAAGAAUUCAAAUUGAAAAAGCUAAAGAAUUUACGAAAAAUCAAUCAUCAAAUGAAAUAUUUUCUCAACUUGAUUAUAAAAUACAUCCAGGUGCGGUUUACACCAGUCGACUUUUGAAUUAUACAAAUCUUCCAGAACCUUCUAACGCUCCUAAUUAUAAUACAAUACUCGAGAAUUUAUCUGUUCCAACUUCUAAUAACUGGGAUCAAUAUAGAAUAUCAUAA